AUGUCGCCGGAGCAGGUGGCCCUCUGCCGCACGCAGCGCUGUAGGGAGUUGGCUCCGCGGCGCAUGGCGCGGCACCCGCAGUUGCUGUGGUCCGUCGCGUUUGCGCCAGAGGGUUGGCACGUGGCCGCCUGCCACGGCGCAGUGGGGCAGUCGCCCUCGGUGGUGGUCUACGAGGUCUCCACCGGCCGGCGGCUGCGACGCUUGGGGCGGCACAAGGACACCCCGCUGGCCUUGGCUUUCUCACCGAACGGCGAGUUCUUGGUCUCGGGCGGCAUGGACCAGACGCUCCUCGUCUACGAGGCCAAGGCCACGGGCGACGACCUCCCCGGGGGCGACGCCGACGAUGCAGAGGAGCGCCACCAGUGGCUCCACGACCUCGAGGACUUGCGAAAUGGCCCGAGCGGGAACGUUUCUGAACUGGCUGAUCUUGCACAGCACCUUGCCCUUCGGAACCGCACAAAGAAGAUGGCAGGUCCGGAGGGCGAAUCGCUUCGACGCCCGAUGGCCGGUGGCGGCAUGGCAUUUCUGUGA